CACAUAUUCGUUUAUGUGGCUUGACUCUUGUACAUCCCUUCAUAAAUGUUGCUGGACCUUUGUACAUAAUUACAGAAAAAAAGAUGAACCCAAUUCUUCUCCUUCGGUCAAGCUAUUCCAGCAAACCCAUUUCACUUUGCUGACUUCUCAGCACUUGUCCAACCACCUCUUUAAUGAGGUGUUUUAUCAAGGGUGGGCUGGACCCACGGUGCUAUGAUGCACCCAACAGAAUCUAUACUUGUUUUGCUUAGUAAAAUUGUAUUGAACCAAAACAAUCAUCAAUCAUCCACUAAACAUGCCAUCCUCUGUUUCCAUCUCCCUUGUUAUAUUUGUUUGGAUUACUACUAUCAUAAUCAUAAACCAUGCGAGUACUACUGUUGCAAAACCUCAAUCAUCGUCACCAGCCCAGGAAUCAAAGGCUCUGAACCAGACUCAGUGGUGGUGGCAUGAAAAAAUAACCGCAAGUCCUUGCAAGUGGGUCGGUAUCGUUUGCAAUGAUGGUGGAAGCGUGAUAGAGUUCAACUUAAGCAAAACAGAAUGGUCACACCAUGAGCAAGCGGAAUUGACUGAAUCUGCUGUGGCAUGGGAAGCUGGAAAGCCACUAGUGAUAGAAGAAGUGGAAGUGGCGCCACCACAGGCUAUGGAGGUUCGUCUCAAGAUCCUCUUCACCUCCCUCUGCCACACAGAUGUUUACUUCUGGGAAGCCAAGGGACAGACCCCAUUGUUUCCUCGCAUAUUUGGUCAUGAAGCUGGCGGGAUUGUUGAGAGCGUUGGUGAGGGUGUGACAGACCUCAAACCUGGUGACCAUGUGCUUCCUGUCUUCACUGGGGAGUGCAAGGAGUGUCGGCAUUGCAAGUCAGAGGAGAGCAACAUGUGUGACCUCCUGAGGAUAAACACUGACCGAGGCGUGAUGCUCAAUGACGGCAAGUCGAGAUUUUCUAUUAAUGGACAACCCAUUUACCAUUUUGUUGGGACUUCUACCUUUAGUGAAUACACUGUGGUACAUGUUGGUAGUGUUGCCAAAAUUAAUCCUGCUGCUCCUCUGGACAAAGUUUGUGUUCUCAGCUGUGGAAUCUCAACAGGCCUUGGUGCUACCUUGAAUGUUGCAAAACCCAAAAAGGGAUCGACGGUAGCUGUUUUUGGACUCGGGGCUGUUGGACUAGCUGCUGCUGAAGGGGCUAGAAUUGCGGGUGCUUCAAGGAUUAUUGGUGUUGAUCUGAAUGCAAAGAGAUUUGAUGAAGCCAAGAAAUUUGGUGUCACCGAGUUUGUGAACCCAAAAGACCAUGACAAGCCUGUUCAUGAGGUGCUUGCUGAAAUGACCAAUGGUGGAGUUGAUCGAAGUAUUGAGUGCACUGGAAGUAUCAAUGCCAUGAUUUCUGCAUUUGAAUGUGUUCAUGAUGGAUGGGGUGUUGCUGUACUUGUUGGUGUCCCAAACAAAGAUGAUGCAUUUAAAACCCACCCAAUGAAUAUCUUGAAUGAGAGGACUAUCAAGGGUACCUUCUUUGGUAACUACAAACCACGGUCUGACUUGCCUUCGGUGGUUGAAAAGUACAUGAAUAAGGAGCUUGAGCUAGAGAAGUUCAUCACCCAUGAAGUCUCUUUCUCGGAAAUCAACAAGGCCUUUGAGUACAUGCUUAGAGGUGAAGGCCUUAGGUGCAUUAUCCGCAUGGAUGCAUAGAGCAGGAUUGAAAUGAUGAGUAUUUCUGAAAUGAUGCAUAGUUUGGAGUGAAGUCUUGUGUCUCUCUUUAGAGUGCUGUAAAAAAAUUGAAGUGUCUAUUUUCCGGAUCAUUUAAAUCAAAAUACUCAGUGAGUUUAUAUUGAA